AUGAUAUACGCUUGUACUUUCCCGAACUGCUGGGGAAGAUGCACAUUGAGAUCCUCAUUCACAGCAACUUGUCAAACUAUCUCUACAAGCGAAUACUGCAGAACACGGAUAACGUCAAUCAUUGUCUGGGAUACAUUAUCUCUGUCUGCUCUGUCUCAAAUCGUUAGCAAAGAGCCAAGAUGCUACUUUUUUUCCCAGAUUGCCGAAGAACCGUGUUGUAACACGCUGCGCACAAAGGAGCAGCUGGGAUAUAUUGCCAACUCAGCUGUAGUCGUCUAUGUGAUGGCCGGCACAUGGCGCAUCCUCCUUCCCUGUACAUUGACUAACUCGAUCGACCAAAUCUCAACAGUCUAUCACGACGUCGAACACAUUGAACCAUUUACGAAGAAAGAUAUACACGAGUUUCCCAACCAGGACAUCCAUCCCACUUCUCCAGUCGCGCAGAGUUGUCUAUACAUCUUAUUGCACGGACAUCUACUGGAACUUCUAGAGGAGACUGAGCUGCAGCUGAAGAAAAUCCUGACACUUCAGUGCUGGAUGAAAAUCAAGACGGACUAG